ACAUUGUGUACCUAAUCAUGUUUAUUAUUUUAUGGAUAAAACAUUUGAAUAAACCAAAUUACAAUAAUACUACAUAGCAAUUAAUUAAGUUGAACACUUUUUGCUUUUUAAUUACUUUUAUGAUAUUGUGUAUCAUAAAAAACAAUAUUUGAUGAUUAUAAAUUUAAUACUUUUGAAUUGUUUAUUUUAUCAGUCAUAAAUCAAUACAACCAUGGAAUUCCAAACAACAAGAAUAGAGAAUAAAGAUCUUUGCAAUGUUCUACUGAAAUGGUUGCAAACAUUACAUCUCAAAACUCCACAUCGAACCUUAUAUGAUAUUACUGAUGGUGUAGCACUUGCUGAAGCAUUGAAUCAAAUUGCUCCAGAAUGUUUUGACGACAAUUGGUUUUCAAAAAUAAAAAAAGAUGUUGGAAGUAAUUGGAGACUAAAGGUUAGUAAUCUAAAAAAAAUUGUUGACAAAAUUCAAGAUUUUUAUCAAGAUUGCGACACACAACAUAUGGGAAAUUUUGUAAAACCUGAUGUUAUAAAAAUAGGAGAUCAAGAUGAUACAAUGGAAUUAGCUCGAUUAUUGCAACUCAUUUUGGGAUGUGCAGUUAACUGUCAAAAUGCUCAAGAUUACAUUACAAAUAUCAGAUCAAUGGAUGAAAAGUCUCAGACCGUAAUAAUGCAGUCUAUACAAGAUCUUGAAAGGAUACAAGGACAUCCUCAAAGUAUUAUCACUACUAGCCUCGGAGUAGAUACUGAUGAUCACCAAGAACAAAUUCAACAACUUAUUAAUGAACUUCAAUCUGUAACUAAGGCUAGAGAUCAAAUGACUCAACGCUGUCUUGAACUUGAUUCUCAAGUAAGUUUGUUACAAGAAGAAAAAACAUACAUUUUAGAUGAAAAAAGACAUUUAGAAGAACGACUUUUAGAAAGUGUUGAAGAUCCCUUAAAAGGUAGUGGCCAGAGAAGACAGAUUGAAGAACUAAAAGAAGAAUUGUAUAAAGCUGAAACAUCUAGAGAUGAUUAUCGAAUAAAACUUAAGACACAAGAAAGAGAAAUGGCCGAUUUAAAAAUUAAAUUUGAUUUAUUACAAGAAACUGCUGGAGAAGCAAGACUUCUUAAAGAUGAAUUAGAUAUACUUAGAGACACAGCUGAUAGAGUUGAGAAGUAUGAAUCAACCAUACAGUCCUAUAAAAAGAAACUAGAAGAAUUAGGUGACCUAAAAAGACAAGUAAAGAUAUUGGAAACAAAAAAUAUAGCUUAUAUUCAACAAAAUAUGGAAUUAGAACAGGAAAUUAAGAAAUCUUCUAUGUGGAAAUCACAAUUAGAAGUAUAUAAAAAACAAGUUACCGAACUCCAUCAUACAUUAAAUGAUGAGACCAACAAAACUGAUAAAUUGGAAUUUGAAUCAAAAAAGUUACUGGAAAAUUUAAACACCUUGCAGAAAGAGAAAGAUAGAUUAGUUAUUGAAAGGGAUUCAUUAAAAGAGGCAAAUGAAGAAUUAAAAUGUUGUCAAACUCAAAUGAAAAAGACCAGUACACUUGAACAUUCUCAAACAACCGCUAGUGAUGAUAUGGAAUCGGCAAUGGACCUCAAACAAAAAUUAGUAAGGCUUCAACAUGAGAAUACUAUGCUUAAAAUGAAUCAAAAAGAACCAGAAGAAGAUAAAAUUUCAGUACUCCAAAGUAUCUUGGAUAAUACAAGACAACAGUAUAAUGAACUGCGUUUGGAUAACAGAAAAGCUAAUCAAAAAAUAUUAGAAUUAGAAUCAGAACUAAAAGAACAAACAGAAAAUAACAAUGAAUGGAAUUCCAAAAUUAAAGAACUACAAAGUCAAUUACAAUGUGAAAAAGAUACACGGUCAUUGGAUAUUGAAGAAAAAAAUACGACUAUAUCAGAUAAAGAUCAAUUCAUAAAUAUUUUGCAAGUUUCUCUUCAUCAGAAAGAUAUUGAAAUACAAGAAUGGGAAGAGAAACAUAAAAAGUUCAUAGAAAAAGCUAAAUCAGUUGUUAAAUCUAUGGACGCCAAAAAUGUAUCAUUAUCAGAUGUUGACAUAAGUGUAUUAGAAAGCAGACUUAUAAAAGCCAAUAAAGAAAUAAGUGACUUAAAGAAAGAGCAAGAAAAUUACAAAACAUCACAAGAGAUUGAAGAAAAAUUAAUAUCCACUGCAUUUUACAAACUUGCUCAAACUAAAAUGCAAGAAUCUGUUGACCAGAGAGUAAUGAAUCAAGGACUACUGCAAUCUCAAACAUUCCUAUCAAAGCAGAGACAACAAACAAAUAAAACAGUAGUACUAAAUAACAGAAAGCAUAGAGGUAAAUCUCCAUAAAAUACUAUUAAGAAUUUUCCAAAUACUCUAAUUACUCAAGAAAAAACAAUAAAACAAAUAACAAACAAACUGUAAGUAAGUAAUAUGCAUACCAGUUUAAAUGUCAAAUUAUCAUUUUUGGGUAAAUUAGAUUUGGCUCAGUAAACUAUUUCUAGUAUAUAAAUAAUAGUGGCAGUGACACAUAGGACUCUUUAACACAUUUAUCUAAAAUGCCUAACAUAAAGUAAAUCCUACUUUAAUUUUAACCCUAAUUCGUAGCUUUUGACAAAAUAAAAAGAUUUUAAAAACUCAUAAGUCUCCACCAAGCUUUUUUAAUUUAACAUACCUGAUGAACUUUAAAAUUACUAGGCCGAAGUAUUUUAUGCUUAAAUCCAUUAUUCCUAUACCAACAAGUAUAACUAGGAGAAGGUAUAAAAAGUCUAAUCUUCAUAAGUAUAAUCUAUCAUAUUAUAUAUAUAUACUCUUGUAUAUUAUCUAAAUAAUUUGUUCAAAAGUUUGGUGCUUUGAUAAUAUUUACAAAUUUAUAUAUAUAUAUAUUAGACAAAAAUAAUAAAUUAGUAAUAAUAUCUAUUAAAUAUAAAAAUCAUAGGGUAUGACUAAAAGAUUUCAAACAAUUGAUUUUAUUUAUUAUAUAUUUCAUUUUUGCUGAGUUAUUUAAGUCGAUCAUAUAAUGAGAUAAAGCUCAAAUGCUCAAUGUAAUGCUUUAUAGUAAUUCGGUGUAUUAACGUAUAUAAUAAUGUUAAGACUUAAAAGUAAAUGGUAUAGGUAUAAUUAGAGAUUUUUCAAACAAAAAUAAAUUUGUAUACCCAUUAUUAAUAAAAUACUAUACUUUCAUAUUUAUUGCCCUGUUCCACAUUAUUAUUUAUAAUAGUCACUGAAAAAGUUAUUUCAUGAUGUUUAUUAGCAAACAUUGUAUUAAUCAAUCUUCUGGAUUUGCCACUUCAGUAAUUAUUUUUUGCCACCUAGUCUUUACUCUUUAAGAUCUCUCAAGUUACUUUUAAUCAAUUAUACGAAAUAAAAAGUGUAUAUUAUUAUAAGAUAUGCAGGUGUUAAAAUAUUAUAAUUGUAAGUUUAUUUAAACAGUUUAAGAGCUAUUUGGAAAGAAGAUAUAAUUUAAUAAUCAUUUUUUUAUACAUUCAUUAUAUAAAAUCUUUGAUACUAAUGCCUAAUAGUUAUUACUUAUUAGAUAUUAAAAUUAAGUAUGUGUCUACCUAAUAUGCACUCAUGUGCAACUUUUGUUGUGUGCAAUAACAUAUUUAUUUUAAACAAGAACUUCAUUUAUCUUUGUUUGCACUCAUUAUGUUCUCUAAAAAAAAAUUAAUAUUUUUAUAAAAUAAUUUAUGUGACAAAGUUAACAUUAUUAACUUGAUUAUUAAUAAACCAUAGUUAAUGAAAAUUGUAUAUCUUGUUUAAUUAAGAAUCUUAUGUUAUCAAUGUUUAUAUUUCAUUAUUAUUGUUCAGAAAAAAAUGUACUUAACAGUAAAAUUUAAUUAUCGUUUAAAAAUUUGUUAACCUUCUUCGGAAUAAUUUCUUUUGUUAUAUUUAACUAUAUACAUAGAUAAACAAUACUUAUAGUUAACAUUUAUUUCGAUAAAAUUAUUUAUUACUGAGUUUGUUCAUUGUCCAUCACUCAUCAGUUAUUAAUAAUUAAUAUAUAUUUAUAAUUAUGUAUUUGUGUGACUUGUCACUUGUGUACACCGUCCAUAGGGCCUAGCUAAAAUCAAUUGUUAUGUUAAUAACUGUAUGUUUGUGUCCUUUAUUAACCAUUAUACUUCAGUAUUACUUGUAGACAAUAUUAUUACCUAAUACCUAUAUUAUAAAAUUGGUUUACCUAAAUGUUGUUAAAAAUAAUUAUUGUGAAAUUUGAUACCGUCAUACCGCAAUUAUGUAUUGAAUCAGGGUAAUUUUUUUUUUUAGUUAAUCAUUUGUUCUUUGUAGGACGCAAUUACACGUUUUAUUGUGAUUACAUAUAUUUUAUUUAUAUUAUUCGUGUCAAUUUUAAAAUUUAUUUUUUUAGUGUAAUACAUUUUUAUAUUAUACCAUUAUUGCCAUUAAUGUCGAAAUCACUGAAAUUAUUCAUUCAGUAAUAUCAUAUUAUAUCAUUGUAAAUUGUAAUACAUCAUUGUAAUAUUGUAUGAAAUAUAAUAAUAAGAAUAAUAUAAUGGUA